GUUAUUGUUAUCAUUCAGUUCGUUUAAUUUCUAUUUAGCAACAGAUCAAUUUCAAAUUUAACAUGAAUGAAAAUGUUCUAAAUAUUUUACCAAAUUAUAAACAAACAUUGCCAAAUUGCAUACAUAUUGCCGAUUAGCCGAAAACCUAAUCAAAAACCAAAACCAAUUGACGAAACUCAUAUUAAGGCAUAUAAUUGAUAAUAAUGGUACCACUUAAGCUAUCUUACUCGUUCGAUGUUAUUCUGCUAAAAUCAAGUCGACGCCCACUCGAAGGGGAGGAGAACCCAUUCACCUACAGCGUCCGCCUAUUAGGGGAAUUUGUCGAACUGCCUGAGAAUCGUCUGUUUGCCCAAUGCUUUCCCUUAAAGGCGCUGGGCAAGUUCGUCGCCAGUCCCUGCGAACUAAUUGGUGCACUGACCACCGAGGGCAUCCGCGUGAACGUGUACGAGCAUGGCCAGAUAUUCGGCUGUGGCAAUUGCAAGCCAUCGACGCAAAUGCUGCGCCAGCUAGCGCAUUCCACAUUCCCGGUGAAUGAGGUUCUGAGUGUCGACUUGCAGAAAGACAAAACGCACAUAGCUCAAUUAGAACUUAAUAUUAAGUUCAGCUCUGCUGAUCCGGAUCUAGACAGCCAAAUGUUGCCCGUUGGGUGUUACGAUUUCUGCCGUCCGUUGGACAAGUCCAUAAAUCCGCGUGACUUCAUCUUCACACUGGGACGCUCAGAAAAAUGCCCGGCGACUUCCUGCAUCAUCGAUGAGCGUUUUAUGACGCAUGUCGGCGCACCCUUUAGCUGCAUUCAUAAAAAGAGCCAGCCGACUGGCAGGGAAUGUGGUUGUGCCAGAGGUCGAUCAGAUCAAAGGACGCGAUUGUAAGCUGCUAGAGAAGCUCCUUAUCCAUCUGAAGAAUGACAAGCUGUGUGUACCUAGCUCGUGUGAGCACGAGCUUUCCAGGCGUUACAAGUGUCGGAAUGGGAUGAGGAACACAAGCAGCAAAUAUGUGUCCGUGACAACUGGAAUAUGAACGGCGGCCAGAACUCUAUAGAUAGUCAUCGACUUAUUGCUGAGAAGGGGGCGCCUCAAGCCAGAGGGAGCCCCGCCAAAACAAAUAAAAAAAAAGAACUUGAUCGAUAAAGAGAUCAAUGGCAUUACGAAUAACUUUAAAAGAACUGUUGUUGAUGACUUCGAGAAACGCAAAAGAAACCUGAUGGCUCGGGAUGAUUGUAAUCGAAUGUAAUUCUAAAUUUCUUGUUCUCAAAAGACGCUGUUUCGGUUUAACCGUUAACAAGCUAUACUUUACUCACAUCUUGGCAUUGAUUAUUGAUCGAGUAUUUAUCAUAGGAUUUUUGGAAUUACACUCAUUAUAUUUUUAAUUUUGGACGCUAAGACCUCGAAAUAAAUUCUUAAAACAACGAUUACUUAA